AUGUCGACGAGUCCAAUCUCAACUCGCCGUCGCCCAGGUCGUGAUACGGAAUCCACCACUGGACGCGAUGAUACUCACAAUGUUCUCGCCACAGAGCCUGGCCUUGGUGGCUCGAGAUUUAAAUCCGGUUCAGGACAAUUCUGCCCGUUUUUUGCUCGAGGCCAAUGUCGUUACGGCGAUCAGUGUAGGUGGCGUCACGACGCUGUAGCGGCGAUAGCCACGGCCGUUAGUCGUUCCAAUUCAGCUUCAUUGGCGGCAAGCAAUGCAAAGAUCCAGACCCCGAGCGAAAGUAAAGUACAGCUCCAAGUUAAACCGUGUUUUGCGUGGAGGAAGGGUUCUUGCACAAAAGGAGACCAAUGCCGAUAUAGCCAUGACCCCGCAGAGGCCGUACGAAGCAAUCUUGUGUCACAAUCUACUGCGGAUAUGACUACAAUCAGCGCGCCACAAAACAAAGGUUCGAUAAAUCAUCGAGCAAAAGUGAUUGCGAAGCAGGAGCAGGAGCGCGCUAGAGAGAGAAAACGCAAGGCGGACCAGGAAAGAGGAAAAAAGCUGGAGCUGGCACGGCAGCGUCAAGAGGCUGCGCAGAAGAAGAAGGAAGCGGAGCUUGAAGCGAAACAUAGGGCAGAGGAAGAAGCUCUUGCUCUAGAGAAAUUCAAGAUCCGUGAACAAGCUCUACUCGCUGAAAAACAUCGUUCCGAUGCAUUGGUCACCAUCCAGCGUAAUACCUUCGGCUCUACCAUCGCCACUUUUGGUGCUGGUGCCCAAAUCGUGUGGAUCGUCCCUGGCUUUCAGACUUGCCGGGUGAGGAUUAGGGAUAUCCCGCUUGGAGUACAGGCGGUCCCGUUCCGGGACUUCUUACAGACGAACCUAGGUGAUAUGGGAGUGGACGCUAGGCAGAAGUUCUACGUCGUUAGUUUAAAACGGUGGAACCAGUUACAGGAAGCAGUCGUAGUAGCUGACGUCGAUAAUGCCAAAGAUCUGGUUCGCAGGCUGGACGGUGUUAUCUUCAAAGGGCAGUCACUGAAGCUUGACCUCAAUCAGAACGGGGGAAUGGGCGGCAUGCACACCCGUAAUUCCGGCACUUUUUCUUUGAAAAUCUCUUGGAAAGAUCCAUCCUCUCGAUACGUUGUUACAUAUUUAUCUCAAAUUACCGCCGAGGACCAGAGGAGACGUUUUAACGGGACACUGGCUUUUGGUCGGAAGAUUAAAGUCGAGAACAAUACGAACCGACAUGGGGACAUUACCCCAGACCAAAUCCUUAUUAGUGACCUACCCUUCGAAUUGACAGACGGCAGUGUCAGAAAUUUCUUUGACGGGAUAACUGUCCGAAGAAUAUCUGGCCAGUCUUUAGGUUACGCCGAAGAUAACGUUAGACCGCAGCUGAAGGAACAUAUUCGAUGGCUUUGUAGUGUCAGAUCCAUCGAGCCGCCCGAAUUUGACGAGGGGCGAUCACAAAUUCAUACCACUGCUAUUGCUGUUGAACAUACAGUCUAUGCCCGUUUCGACAAAUGGGAGUCUGCUAAACAAAUACAUGACCUUCUGAAGAGUCAGAAGUUUUCAUGGAUUGGCAAUGCCUUCUUCCGUCUGUGGCUUCCCGACCCUAUCCAAUAUGAGAUCACCAUUCCCUUCCGCCAAUAUCAAGCUCAACUCACUCGCUGGAAGUCAUUUCUAUCUGACGCCGGAGGCAAAAAGGAUCUUAGGAUGCGUAUAAACGAGAAGCCGGACAAGGAAAAAGUUUUUGUCCAGGUAGAAGGAGCCGACGCAAAAGCACUUGGGAUGCUCAAAGUCCGCAUCGAGAAUCUCGCAGCGGGAGAGAAACUAGGUAUCUGGCACAGAUCAUUCUGCACUGACUCUGGUCGAUCGUUUCUCCGUUCUCUUCUAUCCCUUACUGGGGUGGUAGUUGUUCCAGACUGGAGACUGAGGGUUGUUAAGGCUUAUGGUGAACAACCGGCCAUAGAGAAGGCUCGAGAGGCGAUAUUACGAGAAAUUGAUCGACUUGCAGGUUUGGAGUAUACCGUGACGUUGAAUCGCGAUAGCGUGCGGUUCUUUGCACAGGAAGGGAUGACUUCCUUGAAGGAAAGGUUUGGAAAUGAUAGUGUGUCCCUGAAUAUCUCUGGUUUACCCCGCAUCACUAUUCGAGGAGGCGAAGAUGCUCAACGUGCACUUCACACUCUCAUUGAGCAGUCGCAUCGAAAGGUCCAGCCAUCUAAAAAUGAAGGAGGCUCGUCUUGUCCGAUUUGUUUGGAUGAAGUGUCGGUUCCCGUUCAGCUUGGAUGCGGGCACGAGUACUGCAAUGCUUGUUUGCACCACUUCCUCACUGCUGAUGUCAAGAACUUUCCAAUUGUCUGUCUUGGCGACGAGGCUCAGUGCAAGAAGCCAAUCGCGUUGCCGGUGAUCCAGAAGUUUCUCACCGAAGUCCAAUUUGAUACCCUCCUCGAAGCUGCGUUUAUGCAACACAUUGAGAAGAACCCGGAAGUGUUCAAAUAUUGUCCAACUCCGGAUUGCGAACAGCUUUACCGAUGUGCGGAUAGUGGCUUGUCCGAAUCACAUGUUUGCUGUCCAUCGUGUCUCGCCGAAAUAUGUACUAGAUGCCACGAAGGCCAUAAAGGCAUGUCCUGCGACGAAAGACAACGUUCACGGAAUGAUCAAGAGAACAAUGAAGAGCUAAAUGCUCGGUGGGCUGGAAUGACUGGCGUCAAGAAGUGUCCGAGAUGUUCCGUCUGGAUAGAAAAGACGGAUGGCUGUAAUCACAUUUCGUGUAGAUGUGGAGCGCACGUCUGCUGGCGUUGCAUGGGUAUAUUCGAUGCAGGCACCAUAUAUGCCCAUAUGACGAAUGCUCACGGUGGAUAUGGAGAUGGAGAUGGAUUGAUUCAGAACUUAGACUAUGAUGCACAGGCUCGUGAGCUGCAAGUCUGGAACAACCUUGCCACUACUGCUCGUCGAAUUGCACAGGAGCCUCCCCAACCCCUCUAUCAUAUUGAUACAGGAAGGAACGACAGACUUGUACAAGAAGCACAAAGAAGGAUCGCUUUGAUGCACGAGCAGCGAAGACAGCAGCAGGAACAACGAGUCCGAGAUCUGGAGGCAACACAACGUAGGACUCGUCAGGAGGAAGGUGGGAACUGGUGCACGAUUAUGUAG